AUGGAUGUCCAACUUCUCGUCUAUGACCUCUCACGAGGUUUGGCCCGUCAAAUGUCCCAAGGCAUCCUCGGUUUUCAGCUUGACGCCAUAUACCACACUUCCAUAGAACUCAACGGCAAAGAAUACGUCUACGAUGGAGGCAUUAUAGCGAUUCGGCCUGGUUCUUCUCACCUUGGCCAGCCAUUGCAGAGAAUACCUCUCGGCAAGACAGAUCUGCCCAUCGAUGUCAUUGAAGAGUUCCUAGAUUCUUUACGGCCGAUCUUUACAGUAGAGGCAUAUGAUCUCUUCCACCACAACUGUAACAACUUCAGUGACUCCUUUGCAAACUUUUUGUUAGGGAAGGGUAUCCCGGAGCAUAUCGUCAAGAUGCCACAGGCUGUUCUCGACUCGCCCAUGGGUCGUAUGUUGGUUCCCCAGCUCGCCCAAGGAAUCAACGCUGGAAGACAAAAUGGUUCCAUUCUUGGGCUUCAACAGAGCGCACAAGCACCAGUAGCUGCUCCAAGACACGGCGUCAAAAAUGUGUCCAACUCUGUGGAAUUCGAUCGCUUGAUGAACGAGGCAAAGACUUCGUGUGCGGUUGUCUUCUUCACCUCAGCGACUUGCGCACCCUGCAAAGUUCUCUAUCCAAUUUACGAUGAACUCGCGCAGGAAGUUGGUGAUAAGGCGACACUCAUCAAAGUUGACAUCGCGCAGCCUCAGCAACAUGAAAUCGGCAGUCGGUACUCUAUCAGGGCGACGCCAACCAUUGUAACGUUCCUACGUGGAGAAGAGGAAAAUAGGUGGUCAGGGGCUGAUCCAGCUGCUCUUCGAGGCAAUGUUCAACUUCUGGUACAGAUGGCGCACCCUGUUCAUCCUCACGAAAGACUUCGCCUGCCUACCUUCUCAAACCCCGAUGUCAAACCCGUUCUUUAUUCAAAGAUCCCCCCACUGGACAAGCUCAUGCUCAAGAUGGGUUCUGAAGUAGCCAAUAAAUCUGAGGUCAUGGCUCUCAAGAGAUACCUAGAGGAUCGAGCAAAAGAUGGCCCCUCCAGUGCGGUUGUCCCUGAGCUGAGCCACCUAUCAAGCUUGGUUAAAGAUUCAGUGACAUCUCUUCCCAUUGAUAUCCUCUUCACUAUUGUCGACUUAUUCAGAAGCGCACUUUCAGAUCCCAGGAUCAGCGGAUUCUUCGCCGAGGAGAAGAACCACGAAACCGUGCGAGCCGUUCUUGAGUUCGUUAACCAACAAACUGAGUGUCCCUACGCUCUCCGCCUUGUCACGCUACAGAUGGCGUGCAAUUUCUUCUCGACGUCCCUAUUUCCUGACGAGAUAAUGCAAGAAGCUCCAUUACGGGCAUCAAUCAUUCUGCUUGUCUCUUCUAGUUUUCUUGACGAGAGUCACAACAAUGUGAGAGUUGCUGCAUCAUCACUUCUCUUUAACCUGUCGUUAGCGAACCGGCGUGCAAGAAAGACAUCAAAGCCAAGUCUUUCUGGGGAUGAUGAACUUGAGCUUGCAGCAUCAGUAGUAGAGGCUAUUUCCUUGGAAGAGAAAUCGAUAGAGGCACUACAUGGAAUGCUUCUUGCUCUGGGUAACUUGGUUUAUGGCACACCACUUGAUGGAGAACUACCAGACCUUCUCCAGGCAGUGGGUGCGGAAGAUAGCAUCCUGGCCAAAAGGUCCAAAUUCCCAGAUGAGAAGCUCAUCAAGGAAGUUGGGACAGAGCUGUUGAGCAAGGGACUUAGGAAGCCAUAG